AUGCCCUGCGUCCGCAACCUCCUGGGUGUCCUGGCGGCCCUGGCGGCCUGUGGCGCCGUCGCCUUCCUCGGCUACUGUCUUUACUUCGACCAGAGGCGGCGUGGCGACCCCGCGUUCAAGCGCCGCCUGCGGGAAAAAAGAAGAGCCCAGCAGCAAAAGGCUGAGGGACGGGGCGCCCAGUUGUGGGAUCCAGCAAAGAAUGAAAAAUCGCAAGAACUUUUCCUGCAAGAGGUACGAAUGGGAGAACUUUGGUUAUCCAGAGGAGAGCAUCGAAUGGGGGUUGAACAUCUCAGCAAUGCCCUUUUGGUGUGUGGGCAACCACGGGAACUUCUGAAAGUUUUCAAACAUACACUUCCUCCCAAGGUAUUUGAGAUGCUGUUGCACAGAAUUCCCCUUAUUUGCCAGCAAUUUGAGGCAGACAUGAAUGAACAGGAAUACUUGGAGGAUGAUCCUGAUUGA